AUGAAGCAACUCUCAUCGGAUUAUGGCGAUGCACUUCUUGAUACUGGAAAGAAAAUGAUUCAACGGCCAAUAAAAACAAUCGUCUAUUCGUCAGCGGUGUCAGCACUUAUCUAUGCUUAUCGUACGAUGCCAUCAUUUGAAUCUUAUCAGAACGAUUUCGUACAAUUUCGUCACCAGCAGUUAUUGACCUCGAGUCUCAUACGAAACAAACAAGUGGAAACUUAUAUCAAUAGCAUCGAACAGUUGUUGUUACGCGAUCAAAUCCACUUUGUUGACUGUUACCUCUUUUCGUUAAUUAUCUACCGAAGUCAACAUCGAACAACUGAUUUUUCUCAUCGAUUUUACGAAAAUGUUUGUUCGUAUCUACACUUGAAACGAAACGCUCGGAUUAUUGACAUUGGAAUCUGUAAUCGAUGGUUUCAAUUAAACAGACAACUACGUAAAGCAGAUAUUUUCGAAGAAUGA